GUGUGUGGACACGUGACAAACUUUGUUAUCGCAACUUCUAUCCUUUACCUUUUCCUAUGAAAACUUUGGAUCGGUUCCGGUCUUUCGAUUCAUGUCAGUCUCCAUGCUUUUACAAUCCAUCACUUUCGUUACUUUUUUGCGUUUUCGGUCGACCUUUUGGAAAAUUAGUCCUCCAUUAUUUGUAAUCAUAUCCACGCGCUUUAAAAAAUACGACCUUUACUGCGAUUCGUCCCUAUUCGUAUUACAUACCAGAGUGGUUGGAAAGGUUUUAUCAUCGGGUCAUUAUCUUCGGAAUGGAAGGGAUGCAGGAGAAUCGCAACGAUGUAUUGGCUUUGGAGGUGAAAUGUAUUUCAACAGCGUUGGAAAAAAUUCCCCAGCUUAUAACGUGCGACGAUCCUUUGUUAACGAAUGGUCGGCUACUGGAAUAUUUUGCCGAAAGUGUCAAAGACGGCCAAGUUGUUGCCCACGACAUCAGCAAAUUUGUGGACGGAAGCGCGAAAGUGCGUACGGCCCGAUUUAAUCGAGCAUUCGUUGUCGCAACCAACAGCGUGAUCCCCGAGAGCUGCUUAACUGGAUUCACGCGGAUUUUACGGGAUAUAGGCUUGUGCGUCCGAUCAGCGAAGUCAUCUGAAUUUGACCUAGAUUUCGAUAAGCCGAUGGAGAAGAUGCCGGUGGACUUCGACAUUGAGGAUCCGGCUCUCCUUGACUGUAGCGACAAACAGGAUCGUGGCGUUCUGAAGAAGAUCAUCAAAGAAGGCACCGGGACGGAUACACCAUUCGAUGGAUCCAUUGUGCACGUCCAUUACAUCGGACGCCUGGUGGAUGGCAGUGUUUUCGAUUCCAGCCGCAAGCGAAAUGAGCCGUUCAAAUUCGUUCUGGGAAAGCGAGAGGUGAUUCAAGCUUGGGAUUGGGCUGUUUCGACCAUGAAAAAGGAUGAGAUCUGUGAGAUGGUCUGCAAAUCAGCCUAUGCAUACGGAAAGAUUGGUAGUCCAUCAAAAAUCCCGCCAAACUCAACACUGAUUUUUCAAGUGGAACUACUGAAUUGGGAUGAUGAAGAAAUUGGCACAGAAAAACUUGUGAAACGGAUUAUACGAAAGGGUGCUUCCACGCCCAGUGACCAUUCCUUUGUUGAAAUCCGCCUGUGCGGGUUGUAUGAGGGGCGCAAGUUUGACGAACGAGAAGUGGAAUUUUAUGUUGACGAAGUAGACGACGACCUGCAUCUUAUUCCUGGCAUUGAUUUGGCCGUGAAGAAAAUGAAAAAGCAUGAAUGUUCGUUAUUUACUUUUCAUUCGGAUGUCGCUUUUGGACGAGAAGGAAACAGGCAAUGGAAGAUCCCCGGUAAUGCGGAAGUACGCUACGAAAUCACGCUUCUGGAUUUCGAGAAGGACCAAGACACUAGGUGCAUGAAUCCGGAUGAGAAGUUCGAAACAGCGGAGAUGUAUAACGAAAGAGGAUCUCAGGCGUUCACGAAAGGAAGACACGCGGCAGCGAUUAAACAUUAUGAACGAAUGAAAAAGAUGCUGGCCGCUGACGCGGAAUUUAAAGAUGAAAACGAGGAGAAACGCAAGAAAAUGUUGGCUGUAUCGCAUAACAAUUUGGCUGCCGUUCAUUUGAAAUUGGGCGAUCUGUACGCUGCGAAACGAGCCACGGAAGAAGCUUUGACGCUGGAUCCCAACAACAUCAAAGGGCUUUAUCGAAAGGGAACUGCCAACUUCGGCCGAGAGACUACGAAGAGGCUAAACGCGAUUUCCAGCGAAUUGUCGAUCUGGAGCCGAACGGAUACGAAAAAACAAAGGAGUAUCUCAAGACGAUCGCUGAUAUACAGGAUGCUGCGGAAAAGGAAGAACAUAAUAAAAGAAUGA